AUGGCAGGAGAGCCAGAGACCCAGCAGCCAAAGAACCAUGAGGAGGAGGUCACAUUUGGAGGCCAGGGAUUUGCUGAGAACAACCCCGAGGGUCUCAUUUGCAGCUCCAAGAGCAUGCCAGAAUGUCUGACCCGAGUGCCCUGGCUUCUCCUGCUUCUCAUCUCUCUGGGCCUCUUUGUGCUGAUGUUGGCCAUCCUGGUUCAAGUUUCCAGGAUUCGUGCAUACCCACAGGGACAGGCCCCAGAUCAGCAGGGGAGCUCCAGCUUGGGUGAGGUUGCUGUUCCUCCUGCGCAGACACAUAACCUGGAGCAGAUCCAGCAUCAGCUGACUCAGAUCAAUGUCUCGCUGGCUGGCCUCUGCCGGCCCUGCCCCUGGGACUGGGAGCUCUUCCAGGGAAGCUGCUACCUCUUCUCCAGGACUCUGGGCAGCUGGGAAGCCUCAGCCUCCUCCUGCCAGGAUCUUGGAGCCCACCUGGUGAUUAUCAACAGUGUUGAAGAGCAGAGAUUCAUGAAAUACUGGAAUGUGAGGAAGAACCAACGGUCCUGGAUUGGCCUCAGUGACCACAGACGUGAAGGUUCUUGGCAGUGGGUGGAUGACACCCCUCUGCAGCUCAGCUUUUGGAAAGAAGGGGAGCCCAACAAUGAUGGGGAUGAGGACUGUGUGGAGCUGUUCAUGGAUGACUGGAAUGAUAAUAAAUGCACCGAGCUAAACUUCUGGGUGUGUGAGCAGCCCUCGGCUCCCUGCCCUCGUCACUGAGGGUCUGUGCUUCCCCUAGGUGUGCAGACUACUUGGGGUCACUCUGCUCUAGUUCCAGCCACCUUAUUCAUCCCCAGUGUCCCUGCUCUGAGUCCUUUGGGAUCUUGAGAGAGUCCCUGAGACACCUCCCCUGCUGUGGAUGAUCUCACUUGCUCUUUCCAGCCCAUGAACCCCUUAGUAGAGCCACACUACCAUGUGUCUGGGCUGUACCUCAAUGACAUGCACUUUGCCUAGCAUGAGUGGGUCUCUGAGUUCCACCC